AUGGUGAAGAAAGCGGUAUUGAUUGGGAUCAAUUACACUGGAACCGAGGGAGAGCUACGUGGCUGCGUCAACGAUGUCAAGCGAAUGCACAAAUGCCUCAUCGAACGGUUCGGAUUCUCGGAGGAGAACAUCACUCAGCUCAUUGAUACCGACAAGUCUAAAACCCAACCCACCGGUAAGAACAUCCGACAAGCUUUGUCUGAGCUUGUCGGAUCAGCUAACUCCGGCGAUGUUCUCUUCGUCCAUUACAGUGGUCACGGUGUUAGGUUGCCACCGGAGACUGAUGAAGACGACAAUACUGGUUUCGAUGAGUGUAUUGUUCCAUGCGAUAUGAACAACAUCACUGAUGAUGAAAUCAGGGAAAUUGUGGACAAGGUGCCCAAAGACUGCUCCAUGACAAUUGUGUCGGACUCUUGUCAUAGUGGUGGUCUCAUUGACGCAGUCAAGGAGCAGAUCGGAGACAGCACGAAAAAGUUGGAGAAAGGAGAAGAGAGCAAGGAGAUUGAACAAGAAUAUUGGAGGGACAACAACGUCCACGUUGUAAACAGAUCUCUGCCUCUUCACAGUAUGAUCAAUAUGCUGAAGCAAGAAACCGGUAAAGAUGAUAUAGAAGUUGGAAACAUCAGAACCACUCUUUUCGAUGCGUUUGGAGAAGACGCAUCUCCAAAGUUGUUGAAUGUACAAGAAACUGAAGGACAAGGUGAGAUAUUGGGAGAUAUUGUGACGGAGAAACCGAAAGACAAUGGUAUUUUGCUUAGUGGAUGCCAGACUGAUCAAACUUCAGGAGACGUACGCACCAAGGGACAAGCCUAUGGAGCAUUCAGCGAUGCCAUACAGACCAUACUUGCUGAGAGACAAGGUAAGAUCACAAACAGAGAACUGGUUUUAGGUGUCAGAGAGUUUCUUGAGUACGAAUGCUAUCCUCAGAAACCGGGGCUGUAUUGUAGCGACAGUAAUGUGGAUGCUCCAUUCAUAUGCUGA